CUCAACUGAGCAGGAAGAUGGGUCCCCUCUGCUCAACAUGCCUCAGGCCACAGACUCACGGAACAGCAACUUUGCUUAAGCCUACCUGUGCCCUCAGGGGACCUACACAGGGCUCCUAGUUCUCAGGAACCUCACGCUUUGCAGCAAUCUCACUUAGGCCUGGCCAAAGCAGGACAUUAAGUGAGAUCAAAUGGCUGCCUUUGCCCACAUGACCGUAUUUUUCCUGGUAUCCUCCACUCUGGAACAUACUGUUUUUUCAGGAAUGUUCAAACCACACAACUUGUCUAAAUGGCCUACGCCACCAUGUGAAUUGUACCACCCAACGGAUGUUCUUUAUGACUCAGUCUGUCCUGAUGUAACAGCACAUGUUUGUGCUACAAAUGGCCACACUUACCAGAAUGAAUGUUUCUUUUGUCUUGAUCAAUGGGAAUUUGGUCCUCAUAUCCAGUUUAAUAGAUAUGGAAGAUGUGAAUAGUGGGGAACAGAGUACUACACUUUCUUAUUCUUUUCAGCACUUAAUUCUGAAAAUUAUUUCUUUUGGAAUUUGAGGGUAUAUAAUAAAUAAGAAACUCAUGCUGCACUCAAAUUUGGAACAAAUCAGAAAGAAACAAAGGAAUCAAACUAAUGAAGAACCAAAUAUCACAUUUAUUAUAAAUAAACAUAACAAUGAAAGAAGUGGUA